GUGCCCUGAUGAUCAGUGCACAUGUCCCCUCUGAGGGGCGCCGAGUACCGGCUCUGCUCUCCUCUCGAGCUGUCAGCAUGACAGCUCGUGAGGGCACUGAUGAUCAGUGUGGCCCCAGAAGUGCCACCUGUCAGUGUCCAUCAGUGUCAGCUGCCAGUGCUGAACAGUACCACGUGUCAGUGCCACAUCAAUGCCACAUAUCAGUGCCCAUCUGAGCUGCCUUUCAGUGCCAGUCAGUGCCACCUAUCAAUGCCAAUCAGUGCCGCCUAUCAGUGCCAUAUAUUAGUGUUGCCUUUCAGUGCCCAUCAGUGUUUCCUCAUCAGUGCAGCCUAUCAGUGCCCAUCACUG